AUUCAACCACGAAAAACACCGACUUUCGAGAUAGCUCGAAGGCCAAAAGAACCAGUAACACCGGAUGAAAUAGAUGAAAUUGUUGAAAUAGAAACAAAUUUCCGGAGAGUUAAAGCAAGAAGAAAAGCUAAAAAAAAUGAUAUAUAUAAAGUUUUUCGUAAUUUAUAUGAGAACAAAAAAUUGGGUCCAAACAUUUUUCCAGCAUUUGAUGAAAACAUGAUUUAUUCCUCAGCCGAAUUCGGUACUCAAAAGCGUUUAAAUGUCACUAUAGAAGGAAAACAAUUUAUUGCUAUCCUUAAAUUUAGUACCGAGAUUGAUUUUACUUUAUUGAAAAAUUAUAUUGAACAAGAUAAUUAUCAAAUUCUGGAUAGUAAACUUUUAAAUCUCUUGCGAGUACUCAAUAUAUAUCUUAAUUCUGAUGUUCGUUCAAGAAACUUAACUCUUGGAAGGAGAACCUUUCCAAUUCCCGAUAAACCACAAUAUUUAUUUGGUGGACUUGAACUUAUGUUUGGAUUUUAUCAAAGUAUUCGUAUAGGGUGGAAUCAAUUACUUGUCAAUCAUGAUAUUUGUGUCACAACAUAUUAUCCAUCGGGAAAGUUGAUUGAUUUACUUCCUUUAAUUCUCUCUCAUGUAAACUUGCGUAAAGGACUUUAUGAUAGAGAUAUUCAAACUCUUAAAAGAUUUUUAAAAAAUUUAAAGUUUACUACUACUUAUUCUGAUUCUGAAAAAACAAUUACUGAUGUUACUUCCCAACCGGCUAGUAAACAAACUUUUAUGAAAGAUGAAGUGCAAACUACUGUUAAAAAAUAUUUUGAAGAUUCAGAAUUACCAUUAGUAUAUCCAAACCUUCCGUGUAUUGUAGUUAAAAAAGGAUAUCGCACUAGUUUCUUUCCUUUAGAAGUAUGUGUGUUGGUUCGUGGUCAAAAACAUAAGACUGAUGACCUCACUCAACUUCAACAAGAGGAUAUGAUUAAAAAGACUGUGAUUGGACCAAGGGAGAGAUUUGAUAGGAUAAAUAAAGGCAUUCAAAAGGAGUACAAACAUGGAAGUGAUAAAAGGUUACAGUCUAUUGAAUUUCAUGUGGAUAACAGUGGAUUCAUGAAAGCGAAAUCAAAAAAGCUCAUUUUACCAGACAUGAUUGUUAACAAUAAACAAAUAACUACAGAAAAAGGGGAAUGGGAGAUUAUUAAAUUUAAUGAGAGUGCCGAUUUAUAUAAUUGGUCUGUAGUUUGCUUUGAUUUAGAACUAAAAAUUGACUUAAUUGAGUCUGCAAUCAGACUUUUGAAGGAAGUACUAAUUUCAAAAGGCUUGAAUGUACCACACAUGCCAAAAAUCUCGAUAAGUAAUUGCCAAGAUUAUAAAAAAGCCAUUAUGUUGGCUGUUCAAGAUUCUUUAAUGGAACCAUCACAACCAGCUCAAUUGAUUAUAUGUAUUAUUCCAAAAAAGCAACAAGAAGAAGAUUGUUUAUACGCAAAAAUAAAAAGAAUUUGCUAUUUGGAAUUAGGCAUUAUGAACCAAUGUAUUCUUACUAAGGGUCUUAAAGAUAAUCGUAGAUUAAGACAAGUUUUUAAUAAUAUGGCAUUAAAAAUAAAUGCUAAACUCAAUGGUGAAAAUUCUCGUUUGGCCGAUGAUGUUUAUCAUCCAAGUAGAGAUGAUAAGAAAAAAGGUCGACCUAGUGUACCUGCAAUUUGUGGUUCAAUGAAUGACACUUUAACAGAAUAUUGUUGUCGUUAUCGUAUGAAUGAGAAGUUAAGACAUGAUGUUGAUAUUAUAGAGAAUCUUAAUGAUAUGGUUUUAGAAUUAUUUGAACAACGUAAAGCCAGAGGAGGUCUUCUUCCAGACCAAAUAAUUUUUUAUCGAGAUGGUGUUGGAGAAACACAGUUUGAAACUGUAAUAGAGGAUGAAUUGGAACCUUUACUUGUUGCUCUUAAAGAUUAUUAUAAAUCUGAAAAUCUGCCACCACCAAAGUUAACAUUUGUGAUUAUACAAAAACGACAUCAUGCUAGAUUUAAACUCAUUAAUGGAGGAAAUUGUAGUCACGGUACCAUAGUUGAUACUGAGAUUGUUAUGAGUCAAGAAUUUAGUUUCUACAAAGUUCAAGAUGGAAAAUGGUAUCGUGUAGAAUCAAAACUUGAAAAUAAACAAUACUUUCUAUAA